AUGGACCGAGACCAUGCCUUCAUUUACACCUGGGCCGCCGGCGUCAUCACCCUCAACUUUCUCCCGCUCUAUGAGCAGCCAGCCAAGCCAGCCAAACCGUCCAGGCCCUUCCUUUUCCACCACAUCCUCCAGUUCAGGGUUCGAAAGUCAGACUCAAAGCACCCGUACCGCUUCGUCGGGGACACCAUCUCCAACAGGUCCUUCCUACUCAAUCACGUCAUCAAAGCCCAUGUCAACGAGUCGGAGCACAGCCGAAAGCUCUUCGAUGAACACAUCUCAAACAGGGUCUUCUUCAAGCGGGAGACCAAGUGCCACUUCAUCACCAGACUCAAAAUCCUCCUUGGUCCCCUCCACCAAGCCUACCUCCCCGAACACAUCUCCGCCUAG